AUGCCAUCCUGGCGGGAUGACUACCUGAGUGCGCUGCAUGAGAGGGACAAGAAGGAGAAGGCAAAUGAAGCUGUAUAUAAUCGCUACGCCAAAUUGGCUGAUCGAACAGCUACCCUCCAAGCCGCUCGGUCAGCAGAAGUUACUAGGUUACAAGAAGAGCCAAGAUCGUCACCCAAUCCCAAAGACCGCAAGAUAAGCCGAGAGAAAGCGGUACUCGGUAGUCCCACCACUGGAGAAACAAUCACCAAAGUGCGCCAGGACUUGAGUGAGGCUCAGCGUAGCAGGGGUUUGACGGAGGCCAAGCUCCAGAGCGUCACAGAGGAGUUGCAGAAGCUGAGAAUACAAUCGUCAUUGGACAGCAAACGUAUUGGCGAGCUUUCGAAGGAGAAAGCGAUGUUGACUACGGGGAUGAGGGACAGAGAUGAGGAACUCAGGGGGAAGGCGAAAUUGCUAGAGGUUUGA